GAAAAAUGGCACUGGUUCGUGACGAUUUCGACGAUAUUCCAGACUCGGAAAUUCAUGAGACAAUUGUUGAGCGAAUCGAAGGAUUAGGGGAAAUGUUCCCAGAUGCACUUCGUUCAGCAGUUCAUUCAACUGUUGAUUGGUCGAUUUGGGGUGUUAAGGGAGUGUUUUCCCUUACAAAAAGCACAAUUUGGGUUGUAUCUACAACGUCAUUGAUCGCCUUCCUUCCAUACAUUAUCGAAAAGGAACGAAGUGAUUUGGAAAAGACUCAAGUGGCUCAGCAACGUCAAAUGCUUCUCGGACCAUCUGCGGCCAUUCAACAAGCCAAAACUGCUUGAAAAACUUGAUUUUCUCGCCGAAAAUCCCCCUUAAAACCGUCUGAAAUUGAUCUUUUCCUAGAUUUUCCCCUGUUUUUCGUCUUCUGAUAGCUUUUUUUGCGAUAGAAUUCAUUAUCAUAUAAAUUGUUGAUUUUCU